AUGGCUCCCCAGGACAAGUCUCAUAAGAAGACCCGCUCGGCUCUUAACGACGUGGUGACUCGUGAGUACACGAUCCACCUGCACAAGCGCGUGCACUCGAUCGCGUUCAAGAAGCGCGCGCCGAAGGGCGUCAAGGAGGUCGUCAAGUUCGCCCAGAAGGCCAUGGGCACGAAGGACGUGCGCCUCGACCCCAAGCUGAACCACGAGAUCUGGAAGCUCGGUGUGAAGGACGUGCCGCGCCGCCUGCGCGUGCGUCUCGAGCGCAAGCGCAACGACGACGAGGACGCGAAGGAGAAGCUCUACACCUACGCGACCCCUGUGCUGGGCAUCACCAACUUCCACGGUCUGCAGACCAACGUGAUCGAGCAGGACGAGUAG